GGUUUUCUCAACCAGUCCAGUAACUAGUCCCAGCAGGUCUCUGAACAGUCUGUGUCCAGCAUGUGUGCGGUCUAUUCGCUGCUGUUUCCCUGACCUUUGACCUUACUAUUAUAAUUUCCUCUUUAGUUUGUUUCUGGUCAGACUGAAGGAGGAAGUGACCAGCAGCUGAGCUCGUCUUCAGCAUCCGGCUGCGGCGGCAGGAAGUGAUGUCAUUAUUUUAACAGCAGAGACUGAUUUCUGUUUCUUUCAGUUUUCUGCUCAGGUGACGCUGCUGUGACGUCAUGUGACCCGGUCACGGUCCGGUGUGGGUCAGAGGAUGGUUCCGUCCUGAACUGUUGACCGGAAAUUACGUUCCUCCGACUCCUAACCCGCUCUACGUGUUUGGGCCGACCUGCUGAGUGACUCAGUGCCGUGAUGAAAGCUCGCAGGGAGGAGGAGGCUGGAAUGCCUCACCUGUACAGGUGCACCCGGCGCUGCGAUCUGAUUGGCUGCAGGUGCAUCGAUGUGCCCUCGCGCGGCCAAUCAGCGCGCCGUGACGUCAGCGCGGAUUCAAAGGAUCGCUCAGAUUUGUUUCCAUCGGUGAUUGAGGAAGAAGCCGCGGCCUCAGCUCACCUGAGCAGGUUGAUCAGUCCGAGCGUCCGUCCGCGCACCUGGCCGCCAUGUCAGCCCCGACGCCUCAGGAUGGGAAGCAGCAGCAGCAGCAGCAGCGGCGGCUGGACAUUCUGGACCCGCAGGUCCAGCAGCGGCUGGAGAACGCCCGGGCUCAGGUCCGGCAGGAGAUCCAGCUGGAGCUGAAGAUCAAGGAGGCGGCGGAGAGGAUGCGGCGGGCGUACCCGAGCCGGCGGGGCGGCGCCGUGGACGGCGAGGUGAAGGCGUCCAGCCGCAAGCUGGAGCAGCUCCACCUGCAGCUGCAGGAGCUCAAUGCCAUCUCCAUGGCAACGGAGAAGGACAACCACGCAGCGACUGUCCCAGAGGAGGAAGAGAACCAAUCAUCAGAGCCGAGUCAGUGGGAGGAAGUGACAUCACCGCUGGCCAGCCGCAUCAGAACUCUGAAGAAACAGCUGACGAUGGAGACCAAAGUGAAGCAGGGCGCCGAGAACAUGAUCCAGACCUACAGCAGCAGGUCCUUCAAGGACCGGAAGAUGCUGGCCAUGGCCCAGCAGAUGCUCCAGGACAGCCGGACCAAAAUCGAGCUGCUGAGGAUGCAGAUCGUUAAAGUCGGCCAGGCCCGGGAGGAGGGCGCUUCUCUCGGUCCUGACGAGGAGAUCAUCAGCCCGGUGGAGCUGCGCGUCGCUGAGCUGCUGCAUCGCAUGAAGAUCGAGUCGGCCGUCGCCGAAGGAGCCAAGAACGUGGCGAAGCUGGUGGACCGGAAGGAGCGGCGGGUUCUGACCGAGGCCCAGGCCCGGGUCCAGGAGUCGUCCCAGAAGGUGGACCUCCUGCGUCUGUCCCUGGAGCGGCGGCUCGCCGAGCUUCCUGAGAAUCAUCCCAUGCGAGCCGCCAUCAUGGAGUCUCUGGAGUCGGGAGUCGCUCCGUCCUACGGAACGCCGAAGAAACAGUCCGCUGCUCCUUCGUCUUCCUCGUCCUCCUCCUCUUCCUCCUUCUUCAGACCGGCCAGUCUAACAGGCCGGCUGGAGGUCUGCCUGAUGGGCGUCCAGGACCUGCUGGAGGACGUUCCGGGCCGCAGCGCCGCCCAGUUCUCCGGGAACUACGGCGGCGGGAAGUCCAUGAAGGUGAAGGGUUCUGGACGGAGCGCCAACGGGAAGACGGGGAAGUCCGACGAACUGUCCUCGGAGGUCAGCGCCGUGCUGAAGGUCGACAACCGGGUCAUGGGCCGGACUCACUGGAGGCCGCAGGGCAAGGAGGCCUGGGGCCAGAACUUCAGUACCGAGCUGGAGCGGUCCAGGGAGCUGGAGGUGGCGGUGUACUGGAGGGACUGGCGGGCGCUGAGCGCCGUGAAGUUCCUGCGCCUGGAGGACUUCCUGGACAACCGCAGACACGGCAUGUGUUUGGAGCUGGAGCCUCAGGGAAUCGUCUUCAUCGAGGUGACGUUCAACAAUCCCGUCAUCGAGCGUCCGUCCAAACUCCAGAGGCAGAUGAGGAUUUUCCCCAAGGAAAAAGGGAGGAACUUCCUCCGCGCGUCUCAGAUGAACCUGAACUUCGCCACGUGGGGUCGUCUGAUGAUGAGCUUCCUGCCGCCAUGCAACUCCCUGGAAGCCAUGAGUCCGCCGCUGCCGGCUCCCGGCGCCGCGGCGUCCAGCGGCUCGCCGCCACGAGAGCGACCUCCGUCCAGACUGGCCGUCUCUGAAGAAUCCAUCAGAAGAUCUCCACGUCCCUCCAGGAAGGAGACGAAGGACGCCUCGGCCUCGCAGUCUCCUGACUGGAAGAGCAGCCUGAAGCCCAGGAGGUCGGCCUCGGCUCGGCCGGCCUCGGCUCGGCCGGCGCCGCAGUCCGAGGCGCUGAAGAUGGAGGACUUCCAGUGCGUUUCCGUCCUGGGAAGAGGACACUUCGGAAAGGUUCUGCUGGCCGAGUACAAGAAGUCUGGGAAAAUGUUCGCCAUCAAGGCGCUGAAGAAGAGUGAGGUCAUCACGCGGGACGAAGUGGACAGUCUGGUCUGUGAGAAGCGGAUCUUUGAGGUGAUCAACUCGGCCCGCCACCCGUUCCUGGUCAACCUGCACGGCUGCUUCCAGACGGCCGAGCACGUCUGCUUCGUCAUGGCCUACUCUCCGGGCGGAGACCUGAUGAAGCACAUCCACACCGCCAUCUUCUCCGAGAAACAAUCCCUGUUUUAUUCUUCGUGCGUCCUGCUGGGCCUGGAGUUCCUCCAUCAGAACCAGAUCGUCUACAGGGAUCUGAAACUGGACAACCUGCUGAUGGACGCCGACGGGUACGUCCGGAUCGCAGACUUUGGUUUGUGCAAAGAAGGAAUGGGCCACGGCGAUCGAACCAGCACCUUCUGCGGCACGCCGGAGUUCCUGGCUCCGGAGGUUCUGACGGAGAACAGCUACACCCGCAGCGUGGAUUGGUGGGAACUGGGAGUUCUGGUGUUCGAGAUGCUGGUGGGGGAGUCGCCUUUCCCGGGUGACGAUGAGGAGGAAGUGUUCGACAGCAUCGUCAAUGAGGAAGUGCGCUACCCUCGCUUCCUGUCGCCUCAGUCCAAGUCGCUCAUGCAGCAGCUGCUGCAGAAAAACCCGGACCGGAGACUCGGAUCAGGGAAGGACGACGCCGCCGAGAUCAAACGACACAAGUUCUUCCAGGAAAUGGACUGGGACGCCCUCCUGGCCAAGCAGCUGAAGCCCCCCUUCCUGCCGACCAUCGCGGCCCCGCUGGACGUCAGCAACUUCGACGAGGAGUUCACGCGUCUGAAGCCGGUCCUGACGCUGCCGCGGACGCCGACCGCCGUCAGCGCCAAGGAGCAGCAGGUCUUCAACGACUUCGACUUCUCCCUGAUCAGCUGACGGCCUGGCCCCGCCCACCGGGGGCGGGG